AUGCCGAAGAAACAACCCGCCCCACCAAUCCCAAAAGAAUUGCCGCCCUGCGAUGGCCCUAAACUUAAUUUAUUUGAGCAUCAUGAUUGCGAAAUUGAAUGGAUCGAGAGGAUUGGUUGGGAGGAAGGCAUGGGGACACCGAACGAGGGAUAUGUCUUCCGUGUGAAGAUCAACCAAGUUGAAUACGCGCUGAAAGUGUUCAAGUUCCAUAACCCCAUCGAGAGCCAGUGGUCAUGGGGAACGCGGAUUGGAAAUGUGCCACUACAUACCGUGACGUACUACAGGGACCCGUUUUAUAACGAAUGCCGAGCGUAUGGGCGAAUUCGCGAGCCACUAAAGGGGAAGAGAAAGCUGUCUGAUGUGGCGAUUCCUUGCCAUGGCUUCCUUUUUCUUAGUGACCGAGACCAACAAUAUCUCGAAGACAAUGGGUAUGAUCUAUGGUCAAGUAUUAUCGACAAUUCUUUCCAAGAGAAAACCAUUGAAGGGUUCAGGAUUCGAGCAAUCGUAAAAGAUCUGGCAUCAUCAGAACCUGGAAUCACAGGGGAUAAUCUGGGAAAAGUUUUUAACCGCAUUGUUGCAAUGAACCAGCACCGGAUUGUUAACUGUGAUAUUCGACUGGACAACUUCAGAGACGGAAAAAUUGUUGACUUUGGCUCUUCAUUCACCUCACCUCACAUAAUUAUGGAUUCACUAAAGCCUUCGGAUGCCGACUUUCAUCAGGCUUGGGAUCGUAUGCUGUUUGACGAAAUGGUGGUUGAUGAGCAGAUACCAAACCCGAAAAGAGUUCUGGCCCUUCAUCCCAUGACGCUCCGCCCAAGAUUCGUAGGCGGUCAGCCAGUCAAAUACUGA